AUGGGCGCCACCGACCCUACACCCACCACUUCCCUGCAGCCCUCAGUCAUGCACGAUACUUCGAGGAAGAAUGGCCGCGUGGGCAAGAAAGGUGGCCGGCGCCAAACAUUCCAGAUAUCAUUAGACUCAUCAGACUCCGAAGACAUCCAACUGACCGUUUCUCCCUCAGGUUCCGUCAGCUUCAGCACCAUGCCUUCCCUCGGCGACGACCAGCCCUCUCCUAAGGGGAGACUGCUGCUAGUCUCGAACCGGCUCCCCAUCACCAUCAAGCGCUCCGACGAGGGCCACUACGACUUCUCCAUGUCUUCCGGCGGUCUGGUUGCUGGUCUCUCCGGCCUCGCAAAGACCACCAAGUUCCAGUGGUACGGCUGGCCCGGCGUUCAAGUACCCGAGAACGAGAUCGGCCACGUCAAGAAGCGCCUCGACGACGAGUUCAAUGCCGUGCCAAUCUUCAUGUCUGACGAGCUCUCCGACCGCCACUAUAACGGAUUCUCGAAUAGUAUACUCUGGCCUCUGUUCCACUACCACCCGGGUGAGAUCACCUUCGACGAGUCUGCCUGGGAUGGUUACGUCGAGGCCAACCGACUCUUCGCCAAGGAGAUUGCUCGUGACGUGCAAGACAACGACCUCGUCUGGAUCCACGACUACCAUCUGAUGCUUCUCCCUGCAAUGCUCCGGGAAGAGCUCAACCGGGGCGAGUCGAAGCCGAAGAACGUCAAGUUCGGCUUCUUCUUGCACACGCCAUUUCCGUCGUCUGAAAUCUACCGCAUCCUGCCAGUACGCAACGAGAUCUUGCAAGGUGUCCUUCACUGUGAUCUGGUCGGCUUCCACACCUACGACUACGCCCGUCACUUCCUUUCAUCGUGCGCACGCAUUCUCGGCCUGCCGACAACGCCCAAUGGCGUCGAGUUCCAGGGCAAGCUGGUUACGGUGGGCGCCUUUCCCAUCGGCAUUGAUCCGGACAAGUUCACACAGGCCAUGGAAAAGGACAACGUGAUUCGUCGUAUCGACGCCCUCAAGAAAAAGUUUGAAGGUGUCAAGAUCAUCGUCGGCGUGGAUCGUCUCGACUACAUCAAAGGUGUGCCGCAGAAGCUGCAUGCACUUGAAGUCUUCUUAACUGAGCAUCCCGAGUGGAUCGGCAAGGUCGUCCUCGUUCAGGUCGCCGUGCCCUCGCGGCAGGACGUCGAAGAGUACCAAAACCUGCGCGCCGUCGUCAACGAGCUCGUCGGCCGCAUCAACGGCAAGUUCGGCACGAUCGAGUUCAUGCCGAUCCACUUCAUGCACAAGUCGGUCAGCUUCGACGAACUCACGGCACUCUACUCCAUCUCCGACGUCUGCUUGGUCAGCUCCACUCGUGACGGCAUGAACCUGGUAUCCUACGAAUACAUCGCUUGCCAGCAAGAGCGCCAUGGUGCCCUCAUCCUCUCGGAAUUCACUGGUGCUGCACAGUCGUUGAAUGGUGCCCUCGUCGUCAACCCUUGGAACACCGAGGAGCUCGCGGAUUCCAUUCAUGAUGCCGUUACCAUGGGCGACGAGCAGCGAGCUCUGAACUACCAGAAGCUCGCCAAGUACGUCAACAAGUACACCUCGGCCUGGUGGGGAGAGAGCUUCGUGUCGGAACUUACUCGCAUCAGCGAGCAGGCCGAACACAAGCUCAAAGUCCGCCGCCAGAGCCUAAUGGACCCUGCGAACACCGUCGAGAAGAACGGUGAAGGCGCGCAGUCCUCCAGUCAACAACAGCAAGUCGCCAAUGGGGUCUCAGACAACCAGACGACCAAGCAGAGCGAACUGGGGAAGUAA